AUGGCACCCGUCGGCGCUCUGCUCUGGCGUUCCCUCAGGACGUACCAGAUCUACGGCGCCAACACCGACGUCGGCAAGACCGUCUUCGCCUCUGUCUUGUGCAAUGCCGCCCGUAACCUCUGGCCCCAUGAGAAGACGGCAUUCUUGAAGCCCGUUUCCACGGGCCCGGCAACCGAAGCCGAUGAUAGUCACAUCCAGCGGUUCGCGCCCGGCAUCGCGAAGAAGACGCUGUUUCAGUUUGAGAUCCCAGCAAGCCCCCAUCUGGCGGCCGCCGCCUCGGACCAAGUAUUUGCUUCCAACUCCCCAGUGCACCGUCGACACCUGCUGACAACCCUCGCAAAGCACACUCCGACAGACAACGAAGCCCUGCAGGGCAUCUACGAUUACUCAUCACGCCGCGCCGCAAAGGGCCCCGGCUGGCUCUUCAUCGAGACGGCCGGCGGGGUCCACUCGCCCGCUCCGUCCGGCACCCCGCAGGCCGAUCUAUACGCCCCACUCCGCGUCCCCGUCGUCUUCAUCGGCGACGCCAAGCUGGGCGGCAUCUCCCAGACCAUCUCGGCCUUUGAGUCGCUCCGGCUGCGCGGCUACGACGUCGAGUCCAUCCUGCUCUUCCGCAACGACUACUACCAAAACCACGCCUACCUGACCGACUACUUUGCACGCGACCGCGGCAUCCCCGUCGCCACUCUCGACCAGCCCCCGGCCCGCGCCGAGGAUGCCAACGUCGACGCGGACGCCAUGGCUCGGUAUUACCAAGAGGCGGCCUCGAGCAAUGUCAUCAAAGCCACCCUGGACCACCUUCACGACCGCCACCUCACCCGCAUUUCCCGCCUCGAGAGCAUGGCUCAUGACGCCCACGACACCAUCUGGUAUCCCUUCACGCAGCACAAGGGCCUGACGCCCGACAAGAUCACGGCAAUCGACUCGGCCCACGGCGACAACUUCCAGACACUUGUCCCGGGGAGUUGCGCCGCGUCCGAGGACCGCGCCCUGCUGCAACCUUCUUUCGACGGCUCGUCUUCGUGGUGGACUCAGGGCCUCGGCCACGCGAACCCCAAGCUCACGCUGGCUGCCUCCUACGCCGCCGGUCGCUACGGCCACGUCAUGUUCGCCUCCGCCGUCCACGAGCCGGCGCUCGCGCUCGCCCAGAACCUCCUGAAAGCCCUGCAGAACCCGCGUCUCGACCGCGUCUUCUACUCGGACAACGGCAGCACCGGCAUGGAGGUCGCCGUCAAGAUGGGCCUCCGCGCCGCGAGGGUGCGGUACGGCUGGGCCGCCGGCGACCGGCUCGAGAUCCUCGGCUUGAGGGGCAGCUACCACGGUGACACCAUGGGCGCCAUGGACUCGACCGAGCCGUCCGUCUUCAACGAGAAGGUUGAGUGGUACAACGGCAAGGGCUUCUGGUUUGACUACCCCUCGAUCAUGUGCAAGGACGGAAGGUGGCAGGUCCGCGUGCCCGAGGCGCUGCGCGAGGAACUGGACGAGGGUCGGGAGUUCGCCACCCUGUCGGACGUGUUUGACGUUUCCCUCAGGGAGGCGGCGCAAGAGGCCCGGUCGUACGAGAGGUACAUCAUCAAGGUACUGGGGCGACUGCGCGACCAAGGCCGCAAGUUCGGUGCCCUCGUCAUGGAGCCUGUCAUUCUCGGGGCCGGGGGCAUGAUCAUGGCCGAUCCUUUGUUCCAACGCACGCUCGUCAAGGUCGUCCGCCAACACCCAGAGCUCUUCGGCACCUCGAAUCAGGCCCCUUCGACAAAGAAAGAUGCCCAUGGCUGGACCGGUCUCCCCGUCGUGUUCGACGAAGUCUUCACCGGGCUCACACGUCUCGGCCGCGUCUCGGCCGCGUCCUUCCUCGGCGUCGACCCGGACGUCGUGGUCAACGCGAAGCUCCUGACGGGGGGUCUGGUGCCGUUGUGCACGACCUGCGCGUCCGACAGCAUCUUCCGCGCGUUCGAGAGCGACGAGAAGAGCGACGCGCUGCUGCACGGCCACAGCUACACGGCGCACCCCGUCGGGUGCCAGGUGGCCGUCGAGUCGCUGCGCGAGUUGCAGAGGAUGGACGAGGGCGGAGCCUGGGACUGGGCCAAGGCUGGCGGCGGCUGGGCGUCCGACGCUACCCCGGCGUGGUCGGUGUGGUCGCGUCCCUUCGUGGACUGGGUGUCGAGGCGGACGGGCCGCGUCGACGGCGUGUGGGCGCUGGGGUCCGUCCUCGCGAUCCACAUGCAAGACAGCGAGGGCGCCGGGUACUCGAGCACGGCGGCGGCGGACCUGCAGAGCGCUCUGCUGCGGGGCGAGGGCGGCGCGGGGGAGGGCGCGCGCUGGAACGUCCACAGCAGGGUCCUCGGCAACGUCCUGUACGUGAUGACGAGCCAGACGACGGGGCAGGAGGAUGUCCAAAGGUUGGAAGGCUUGCUCCGGAAGGCGCUUUCGGGAUAG